UGAUCCCUUUGCACACCUUCAUCAGUCUUUCGUAUCUCUAUCCAAGUAUCAACUAAGGGAGGCCGGAAAAAUGCCCAAGGCCAACAAGUCCACAGUCUCUCGCCGGGCAUGGAACCUCCUGCGUCUCGCGCUGCUCUGGGCGAGGCGAGGCGGGGCGUUCAAGCUGCAGCUCCGCCUGCUCAUGCCCAAGUUCCUCAAGACCAUCGGCCACGCGGCGACGCCUCGCAGCCACAUUUGGUACGGCGAGCGAGAGCUCUCAUUCGAGAAGACACCCAUUGUCCACGUGAAGAUGCACCGCCCUGGGCCGAUGUGCUUCAUGUUCCCGUGCAUCAACCCUAAAGUCGAUUUUGAUAUGGAGUACGACGACGAGGUUGGCGAUAGAGUUUGUAAUGGAUAUGAUAGUAUGAAGAAGAGCUUCUUCCUCAAAAACGGAGACAAGGAAGAGUGCUUUUAUGACGAUGACGACUAUGGGAGGAUCGAAUGUGACGAGGAAGAGCGGGGGAUCGACUCAAGAGCAGAAGAGUUCAUAGACAAAUUCUACGAGCAAAUCAAGCUGCAGAGGCAGAUGUCGUACCUCCAGUACAAAGAGAUGCUCAACCGAAGCACGAGUUAAAUAGUUAAUUCUCCGGUAUCGAGAACAUUCAAACUAUAUUCCAAUUUUCGUUGAGGAGUUUUUUUUGUGACGCAGAGUCGCGGCACUUAUGCAUACAGUCUGAGAUCUCCAGAGUUCCAUUGAUUCUUUCUUCAGUGCUUUUGUUUUACAGUUAAAAAUUGCAGUCACACACUGAUAUACCACUCAUAAGUUAUUAAGAAAAGAGAGGGAAGAAAAUUGUACCAA